UUUGUCUGAAAUAAGUAAAAAAAAAAACAGAACCGUAGUAUUAGAGAAUGAAUUUAUGCCAUAUUUUUCCUUGACACCUUAUGUUUUACAAGGAGUAUUCCUUAUUAAAAAAUUUAAAAAUCCCUAUCAAUUUUUUUUAAAGGAUCCAAAUAGAUAUGUGUAUAUUGUGAAUACUUUUUAUGUACGCCUAAAACAUUAUUACCAAAUUCUAUAUUUCAAUCCCAAUAUUCAAAUCGGACCGAAUUAAGCAAAUCUCAGGUGAAAAAAACGAAGCAUAUCGAGCCUCCACUUAACCACCCCUUCAAACUAGGUUUUGGGCUUACACUUUGGUCUUGGGCUAAGAAACAUGUACUUGUUCAUAUCAACCAUCCAUAAUGCAAGCAACCAAUAUAAACGAUAUUUUCUUGUUUUGCACACAUUUAUAAUUUGUUGCAUUCCAUUCACCAAAAAAAAUAAAAAUUUUGUUGCAUUCCAAAAUCUCCAAAAUCAUGGAUUUAUUUGAUGCACUAGAGUCAAACUCCAAAGACCCGCGCAAAAUCCACGCCCAAAUUAUCAAAACAACAAGCCCACAACAUUCCCUCCCUCUCUUCAACAGGUUGAUCACUUUCUACUCUAAAUCCAACCGUUACCCUGAAGCUCUUGCAGUUUUCCGGCAAAUCCCAUCUCCCAACGUCGUCUCAUGGACCUCCCUUAUCUCCGGCAACCCCAAUUCCUCACUCUCUCUCCUCCAUUUCAUCGACAUGCUCCGCCACCGCACCCGCCCCAACCAGCGAACUUUGGCCUCCAUUAUCAAGACUUGUGCCACUCUUUCGUUGAAAUUCUUUGGGUACCAGGUUCAUUCUUUGUCCCUUAAGCUUUCACUGUCCUCUCAGCCCUUUUGCGCGUCUGCCCUUGUUCAUUUUUAUUCGAAAUGUCGGCUUCCUGAUCAUGCGCGCAAGGUGUUCGAUGAAAUGCCUGAAAGAGAUGAGGUUUGCUAUUCGUCUAUGGUUGUUGGGUUUGCUCAGAAUUCGCGCCCUGCUGAGGCUUUGGCCCUUUUUUCUGAGAUGGUGUCGAGGAAUGUGAGUUCUACGGUGUAUAGUGUUUCCGGGGCACUUGGCGCUAGUGCUGAGCUUGCUACUUUGGAGCAAUGUAGGGUGAUUCACGGUCAUGGUUUUGUUACAGGUCUUAUUAAAGCUGUUUAUGUGAGUACUGGAUUAGUUACUGCGUAUGGGAAGUGUGGUAUGGUUUUAGAAGCUAGGAGGUUGUUUGAUGAGUUUAUACCAGAUAUGAAUAUUGUAGGAUGGAAUGCAAUGAUGGCUUCUUAUGCUCAACAAGGGGACAAUUCUUCUGUUGUUGAGCUUUUUAGUUUAGCCGAAUCACGAGGACUUGCUCCUGAUGACUUCAGUUUCUUGGCUGUCUUAUCUUCGUUAUAUAAUGCGGGUUUGGCAGAUGAGACUCAGAAAUGGAUCAAUCAGAUGAUAGUAAAAUACAGUUUAAAACCUUCAUUAGAGCAUUAUACUUGUCUAGUAGGUGUAUUGGGUAGAGUUGGGAGAUUUGAGGAAGCAGAGCGAAUUGCUAUGACCAUGCCAAUGAAGCCGGAUGCUGGGGUUUGGCGGGUUUUACUAUCAGCAAGUGCACAACGUGGUGAUGCUGAUGUUGCUUGGAGGAUGAGUAAGCGAUUAUUGGAGCUUGAUCCUUAUGAUGACUCUGCAUAUGUGAUAGCUGCUAAUACAUUUUCAGUUACUGGGAGGUGGAAUGAAGCUGCAAACAUUAGGAAGAUGAUGAAUAAUGUGAGUGUGAAGAAGGAAGGUGGGAGGAGUUGGAUGGAAGUGCGAGGAAAGGUACACAUAUUUUUGGCAGGGGACAGUGAGCAUGAACGGAUAGAAGAGGUUUAUGCAAAACUCGCAGAACUCAUGAAGGGGAUUGAAAAACUGGGUUAUGUGCCAAAUUGGAGCGAGAUGUUGCAUGAUGUAGAAGAAGGGGAGAAAAGAGAAGGGCUUUCAUAUCACAGCGAGAAGUUGGCAUUGGCAUUUGGGGUGUUAAGUGGGGCAGCACCUCCUGGGAAGCCUUUGAGGAUUCUGAAGAAUCUAAGAAUUUGCAGAGAUUGUCAUGAAGCCUUCAAGUAUUUCAGUAGGCUGCUGGAAAAGGAGAUCAUUGUAAGAGAUGUCAACAGAUACCAUAGAUUUCUUGACGGACGCUGUACUUGUGGAGAUUAUUGGUAACCAGUGUUAAGUGUUACAAACUUACAACAUUACCAGCUAUGGCAACUAGCAAAUUGCUUUAUUUUUCAAUCAGCUGGACCAUGGUGCAAUUUUCCUCUUUAUUUGAGGGACUGUCAAAGAGUGUUUCAUCAAAGGCCAGGAACACUAAGAAUGAUAAGGGAAGGGGAGCUGUAGAGUCAUUGGAAGAUGAAGCAAGGAAGAAUCAUCUUAUCUUAA